AUGACCACCCGCUAUCGCGUCGAAUAUGCCCUCAAGUCUCAUCGUCGAGACCAGCUGAUCGAAUGGAUCAAGGGACUCUUGGCAGUUCCCUUCGUGCUGCAUUCGCAGCCCACCGUGACCUAUCUGGAAGACAGCGCGAAUCUCGCCGCGGUGGCCGCCGGCACCCACCAGCGGUACACGGAGAUCUUCCGGGACGUCGAGGAGCUUCUCCGCGACCACAUUAACCAUGAACGUGAUGCCAGUCCCGGCAAAUCCAAACUGAAGCAUCUCGUCCCCUCCGUGGGCUCCUUCUACACGCCAUUGUAUCUCGAAGAUGCCUUCAAGUACCAGGACAACCACCGCUUCAUCAGCCGUCGACGAUUCGUGGCCCCAUCCUUCAACGACAUCCGUCUCAUCCUCAACUCCGCGCAGCUCCUCGGUCUGGUACGCAGCUCCGGCGUUGGCCUGGUCACCUUCGACGGCGACGUGACCCUCUACGACGACGGCGCCUGCUUAACAUCCGACAACCCAUCCAUCCCGCGUCUUCUCCGUCUCCUUCACCAGGACCGAAAAGUCGGCAUCGUCACCGCAGCAGGCUACACCGAAGCCGAAAAAUACUACGCACGACUCAAAGGUCUUCUAGACGCCGUGCACGAUUCCCCGAGUCUGACCCCCUCCCAGCGCGAGGGGCUGGUCGUCAUGGGCGGUGAAAGUAACUUCCUCUUCCGAUACGAUCACGUCUCUCCAUAUCGUCUUGUCUACGUCCCGCGUGAUCAAUGGCUUCUCCCUGAAAUGACAGCCUGGAAUGAUUCCGAUAUCACGGCCCUUCUGGAUAUCGCGGAGUCGUCGCUGCGCGCCUGCGUCAAGAAUUUAAAUCUCCCCGCUACCGUACUACGAAAGGAUCGCGCGGUCGGCGUCUCCCCUCCACCGGGGACUAAGAUCUCCCGGGAACAGCUCGAAGAGACGGUUCUCGUCGUGCAGAAUACGGUUGAACGGUCGGCGGUGGGGUCGAGAUUGCCGUUUUGUGCUUUUAAUGGUGGAAAUGACGUCUUUGUCGACAUCGGCGAUAAAUCAUGGGGUGUACGCGCCUGUCAGCAGUAUUUUGGCGGGAUCGAACGAACACGUACUCUACAUGUUGGCGAUCAGUUUCUUUCAGCGGGGGCUAAUGAUUUCAAGGCGAGGUUGGCUUGCACGACGGCGUGGAUCGCCAGUCCGGCGGAGACGGUCCAGUUGUUGGAUGAGUUGGCGGAGGUUGAGGGGUGA